AUGGCCACAUCCAAGAAGGGGUUGUUUUUGAAUCAGCGAAAAUAUGUCUUAGAUUUAUUGCGGGAAGCGAACAUGCUAACUUGUAAACCAGCUAUCACGCCUAUGGAUAGCAAAUUACAACUUCCUGAGAAUGGAGAAUUGGUUGAUUCGAUCCAAGUUUAUCAACGGCUCGUUGGCAAGCUUAUUUAUCUUACAAUUACAAGACCCGAUAUUAGUCAUACCGUUAGCAUUGUAAGCCAGUUCAUGCAUGCUCCUACUGUGGAUCAUAUGGCCAUUGUCAAACAGAUUCUUCGUUACUUAAAAGGAUCUAUUGGACGAGGUGUUCUCAUGAAGCAUAAUGGUCACUUUCAAAUUCAUGGUUAUACCGAUGCUGACUGGGCCAGAAAUAAUCUGGAUCGAAAGUCGACCACCAGAUAUUGUAUCUUUGUGGGUGAUAACUUAGUAUCUUGGAAAAGCAAGAAACAAAUGGUUGUUGCACGGUCAAGUGCGGAAGCAGAGUACCGUGCCAUGGUGUCUAUUGCAGCAGAACUAAUGCUACUAUGCAUAUCACCUCCAAUCCUGUUUUCCAUGAGCGCACCAAACAUAUCGAAGUCGAUUGCCAUUAUAUUCGACAACAUUUUCAGUCACAACUUGAGGGGGAGUAUUGGAGAUAUUGGAGAAUCGGCUGUGAUUAAGUUGUGA